AUGAAAGUGCUGCUAGAGUCGGGAACAGAUGCCGGCGCAUGGGAUCUAUGGGGUAUAACACCUUUCGAGAAUGCCAUAUGGCAUGGGAGUGACGAAUUGAUUAUGGCAUUUGUUGAUUGUGGGAAAAGCGAGGUCUUCAAUGCCACAAACGUAAGGGGUAAGACGCGUCUGAUGAUAGCUUAUGAGCUGGGAAGAACAGCAUUGGUCAGGGAUAUGACAGACUCUGGAUCUUGUGACGUCAACAUUCAAGACAGCAUUGGAAGAACCGCUUUAGUUUACAGCGUGUUAUUCGAAGAGGCAGAAAUUGUGCAAGCCUUGUUGGAGCUCCCCGCGACCGCUGCAGAUAUCCCAGAUAAGAAUGGAGAAACUCCGUUGACAUGGGCUGCGCAAUUGGGGCGUGGCAAUAUCCUGCAGCAACUGAUCGAAUCGGGCAAAGUUAAUAUCAAAGAUAUCGACAAAUUCGGAAGAACAGCCUUGCAUCGAGCUGCAGAAAGCGAUAAAUAUGAUACCGCAAAUAUAUUACUUCUUGACUCUGCAGAUGCAGACAUUCCAGACUUUCAGGGGUGGACACCGCUGAUGAUAGCAGCCGGGAACGGAUAUGUACACAUACUCCAUAGGCUUCUGGCCACCGAAAUGGUUAAUGUGAACCGGAGGAAUCAACAUGGAACAACAGCAUUGUUCAAUGCCACUAACCGUGGUUGGCCAAAUGCUGUUCAAGUGUUACUCGAUGCCUCCGCAGAUGCAAAUAUACCCGACAAUGAAGGCUGCACCCCUCUCAUGAUAGCGGCGCUCGAGGGAGAUACAGAAAUUGCCUCCAUGCUUCUGCAGUCGGGGAAUGCUGACCCUAAUAGGGUCGACGAAGAAGGAAGAGACGCCAUGUGGUACGCGGAUUUGAGGAAUAACACAGAAAUCAUGGAGUUGCUCCAGAACCAUAUGGGACAUAUCUCAUCCGACUAG